GCGGCGCGCAGGCGCAGUGAGGUGUCGGUGCGGCCAUGUCGGUGCAGGAGGACCCAGUGCAGCGGGAGAUUCACCAGGACUGGGCGAACCGCGAGUACAUCGAGGUGAUCACCAGCUCCAUCAAGAAGAUCGCGGACUUCCUCAACUCCUUCGACAUGUCGUGCCGCUCCCGCCUGGCCACGCUGAAUGAGAAGCUGACGGCGCUGGAGCGGAGGAUCGAGUACAUCGAGGCCCGGGUGACAAAGGGUGAAACUCUGACAUAGCCGCGAGAGGCUGGCAGCGAGCCGAGCCGAGCCGAGCCGAGCUGGAGGAGGCCGCAGCUCUGUCCAGGACUGACUGUCUGGCAUCUCAUUCCUUCAUUACUUCUUACUGUUGACAGGAUUGUGCUUAUUUCUGCUCCACAAGAUGCAGCGUCCCUGCCUGGAGCGCCUGUCUCCAGGCUGGACCUCUUGAAAUUGGCAAAUAGAAAAUGAGCAUGUGAGUGCAGCUGCUUGAUGGCCCUGAGUCCCUUCACUGCCCUUUACCUAGCUGUGCACUUAGAAGUCUCCCACUCGGCGGUUCCAGAUUCUGUCUUGCCAAACAUCAGUUUUUGAGAACCAAAUUUCUCUUAGGGGCUGAGCAGAUGUGGCUCUUCAUGAGCCCCUCCACUGGCAGUUUCAGUUCCCCUUGUAAAUCCUCUGCAGCUAAGACUUGUUGGGGCAAUUUGCAUAAGCACCUAUCCUUCCAGGUCUGCAAGCCAGAGCAGUAGAUGUGCAAUAUGCAUGUGUGCUCAGCAAGGGAGGGAGAGGGAUCAUAGGAAGCGGUAGGUGAUGUGCCAAUUUAAACUUUCUGGACAGGGUGGAUUUCAGAGUUUUCUAAGUAUUUUGUAUUCUUCAGUGUAACAUGGGAUGUUUCUUCCAUUUGUGUUUCAAUAAUAAAUCACUUCUGCUUUGUG